GACACAAGUCGGAGUGAACGUCAUGCACAUCAAUCUUCCGCUGGGUGGAGUUUGGCGUAUUCCACCACGUCCAAUUCCUGUUUUUAGGGUUUUCGGGGUUCAGUUUUGCGUUACUGCGAGGCCCAGCAGAUCGAUUUCUGUGCUUGGUGCUCCUCUAAUGCGUUCUGUUGCUGCCUAGUGAGUUGUUGGUUUUCCAGGUUCUGGAGGUCGAUUAUGUGUUACUGAGAAGUCUUGAGAUUCAUGAGGGUUGACGGCAUUUUAAAAGCGCUUUGAUACUACCGUGCCAUUGUUUGCCACUACAGGGUUGGCCACAAUGAAUUUAACUAGGUUUUCAAACCUUACUGGCGAAGGAUUAGGUGUAUGCAAUCCCUACUGCCGCACGUCACAAACGACUGGAGUCAAGGGACGUUUAUGCAGAGGUCUGCAAGGGAAUGACUACUUCAAAACCUUUCCUUUACGGGCAGGAGUAUCCUUUCAGAGCUUAGUAUGCACUACGUUUUCAAGGACUAUUUCGCAACUGCGUUCUAGAAGCCUGCAACAGCAAUCGCAAUCCUAUUCCAGCACAUCCUUGUCUAGAGGAUUGUAUUUAAAGUCAAAACGAGGUUUAAUUUUUCCGCAUGCUUCAGGAUCUGAUGAUUCAACAGAUGAUAGGCCUCUAAAUUCUGACGAUGAUGACGAUCAGUCGAGACGAGACUCUUCCAGCUUGAUUGUUGAAGACUCACUUAGUGUUUCAGGCGAGGUUCCUGGAGCCCAGUAUGGUGGCAAACCAGGUUUUGUUUCAUUUUGCAGUGCGGGAUCAGGAAAAGAGCAACCAGAAAGCACAGAAUACCAGGAACUGAAGCCUUCACAAAGGGGCUCCCUUCUUUGGUUGUUUGGCCCACUGGCCUUGGUUUUUUCUGUCGUAGGCCCUCCUUUAUAUCUUCGAAGGGUUUUUGAGAGCAUUUUGGAAGACUCUCUACUUACAGAUUUCGUGAUCCUUUUUUGCACGGAGGCAUUAUUCUACGUGGGAGUGUCACUUUUUCUUUACAUCUCUCACAAGCAGCAGCUCUUGCAAGCAUCCUCAUCGGCAAAAGCUUAUGGAGGGAGUCACUCGACUUCUAGCAGACCCCCUGUAGGCUACCGAGUAUCAAUGAUAAUAUCUGUUGCACUAGGAGUGGUGCUACCAGCUAUCAGCUUUGGAGUGGUAUGGCCAUGGACUGGCCCAGCAGCAGCAGCUGCUUUGCUGCCGUACCUUUUAGGGUUGGGUGUUCAAUUGGGUUUCGAAAAGUUCGUCAUUGCCAGAAAAUCUCCUGUGUGGACACUGGUCCCAGUUACGUUUCAGGUUUAUAGGCUACACCAACUCAACCGUGCAGCACAGCUGGUGGCAGGGCUGCUAUUCUCAUUGAAGGCAGUGGAGGCAACCCCGGAAACUUUGGCGAUAAAUGGCUCGCUUCAGAGCAUCUUAUCUGUUGUGCAAAUGUUAGGUAUAUUGUGUCUUUGGUCUCUUGGCUCAUUUUUGAUGCACAACUUCCCUGCAAGGCCUUCUCUUGGAGACGAUGCCAUCUCGGUACCAUAAGUGAUUUUAAAAAAAACCUUUCAAUGUGCAGUACUAUGUGGAUUUGGACCAUGUGUUAGAUUUCCUUUUCAUUUCUCCUCUUAAUACAACUUUAGUCAAAAUUGUGUCGGAUGAGUCUUUAAGCUUUGACACCGGUUAACUUGUGCACACGGCAUCGACAUGUCCGACACCUCAAUUUUGUCGUAGUUUUAUUUCUGCAUCGGAACAUAAAGUGUACUUGGUGAUCAUGUUAGAUAAUAUUAGUGGAAAGUGAUCGGUACUUCUCUAUUGAUACUUCUCUAUCA